GGCUCCCCGGGUGGAGGGCCUCUUGUAGCAGCGGCCGCCUGUCCCCUCCGCGCCGCCUUCGACGCCGAGGACGGUGAGGCACUCAACGGCGAACCCGAGAUCGACCUCACCAGUAAGAGGGCACAGGAGGACGCCGAGGGCUGUGUCACUGAUUCUUGACAGCCAGGAACCUGACCAAAACUCUUGACGAAGAGAGAGGAAUGUGUUUCUCCCACAGUCUCCAUUUGUGUUGUCAGCCUGUCUCCCAUUCCUAGAAAUCUGCAGGCACUAUGAAAGCGAUAGGAAAUCUGAGGUUUCUAGACCCCACAUGGCUCCCACUGUUAACUGCUCAAUGCCUCGCAAAGUGGAAAGAACAGAAAUGGAAAUUUUUGACUUUGUGAAAACCUCUGAAAACCACAGCUAUGUAGUGCAAACGUGGAGGGGAUUGCUCAAAGCUAAAAAGCAGAGAGGCCAAGAUGGAGGGCCUCUCUUUGACCAAAGAGAUGGCAAAGAACAGGCUCCCUGUGUCCAAGAAGCUAGCUGAAGAGAUCUUCAAACCAGAGAGUAAAGUCUUGCAGUGACCUAGGAAAUGGCAGAACUGGCUGUGGGUGCAGAAGCCAUUAGAAACACUGAACAACACUGGAAGGUGUGAUCAAUGAAAGCUGCUAUUGGUUCCACACAUCCUUCUCUUGACACCCCACUACACUGCAUCAUCUGUAAGCUUCAUCGGUCCUAGGCUGGUGAUGGUGAGUCCAACUUCAGAGCAAUAUGACAGUUUGCUCCGGCAGAUGUCAGAGAGAAUUGAUGAGGGAUGUGGGGAGACCAUCUAUGUCAUCGGUCAAGGAUCAGAUGGGACUGAAUAUGGUCUGAGCGAGGCAGACAUGGAAGCAUCCUAUGCCACGUUGAAGAGCAUGGCAGAGCAGAUCGAGGCAGACGUGAUCCUCCUGCGGGAGCACCAGGAGGCCGGGGGAAAGGUGCGCGACUACCUGGUUCGGAAACGUGUGGGUGACAACGACUUCCUGGAGGUCAGGGUAGCAGUGGUUGGCAAUGUGGAUGCAGGAAAAAGCACAUUGCUAGGUGUCUUGACACAUGGUGAACUAGACAAUGGCCGAGGCUUUGCUCGGCAAAAACUGUUCCGCCAUAAGCAUGAGAUUGAGUCAGGACGCACCAGCAGUGUGGGCAAUGACAUUCUGGGCUUCGACAGUGAGGGCAACGUGGUGAACAAGCCUGACAGCCAUGGUGGCAGCUUGGAAUGGACAAAGAUCUGUGAGAAAUCCACCAAGGUCAUUACUUUCAUUGACCUGGCUGGUCAUGAAAAGUACCUGAAAACCACCGUCUUUGGCAUGACUGGCCAUUUACCUGACUUCUGCAUGCUUAUGGUUGGCAGUAAUGCUGGGAUUGUUGGAAUGACCAAGGAGCACUUGGGCCUGGCACUUGCACUUAAUGUUCCCGUCUUUGUUGUAGUGACCAAGAUUGACAUGUGCCCUGCCAACAUCCUGCAAGAAACCCUGAAGCUGUUACAGCGACUGCUGAAGUCCCCAGGGUGCAGGAAGAUUCCCGUGCUGGUUCAGAGCAAGGAUGAUGUCAUUGUAACAGCCUCCAACUUCAGCUCAGAGAGGAUGUGCCCCAUUUUCCAGAUUUCUAAUGUCACUGGGGAGAACCUAGAUUUGCUGAAGAUGUUUCUUAAUCUCUUGUCUCCACGGACUAGUUACAGGGAAGAAGAACCAGCAGAAUUCCAGAUAGAUGAUACUUACUCUGUCCCGGGUGUAGGAACAGUGGUGUCUGGGACAACACUGAGAGGCCUCAUCAAGCUAAAUGACACCCUGCUGCUGGGGCCAGAUCCCCUUGGCAACUUCCUACCUAUUGCUGUCAAGUCUAUCCACCGCAAGAGAAUGCCCGUCAAAGAAGUGCGGGGAGGUCAGACUGCCUCCUUUGCUUUGAAAAAGAUCAAGCGUUCUUCCAUCCGGAAAGGCAUGGUAAUGGUGUCACCCCGCCUGAAUCCACAAGCAUCGUGGGAGUUUGAAGCAGAGAUUCUGGUGCUCCAUCAUCCCACCACCAUCAGCCCACGGUAUCAAGCCAUGGUGCAUUGUGGCAGCAUCCGUCAGACAGCCACGAUUCUCAGCAUGGACAAGGACUGCCUGAGGACAGGGGACAAAGCCACGGUGCACUUCCGCUUCAUCAAAACCCCAGAAUACCUACACAUAGACCAGCGGCUGGUCUUCCGUGAAGGCCGCACCAAAGCUGUGGGUACCAUCACUAAGUUACUCCAGACCACCAAUAACUCCCCAAUGAACUCCAAGCCACAGCAGAUCAAGAUGCAGUCAACCAAGAAGGGAGCCAUUAUGAAACGAGAGGAUGGUGUUCCUCCAGCUGGGACAGCGUCUGGGGGCCCACCAGCUGGGGACGAGGCCCCCUCAACAGCUGCAGCGCCAAUGACACCUCCUGCCCUGCAGCCAUUGCCUGCGCUGGAUGAAGAGCCCCACAUCCGUGAGGGCAAUAAGUCUAAAGUUGGAGGAGGAGGACGGCGACGUGGAGGUCAGCGCCAUAAAGUGAAGUCUCAGGGAGCCUGUGUGACUCCUGCCAGUGGCUGCUGAAAUUUCUUACUCCUCCCUCUGAGGAAUUUCUCCCCUUCCCUUCAUCUGUUAUCCAAAAGAUCGAGAGCAGCUUAAACCAAAACCCAUCCAGCUGAUUGGCUGCAGAAGAAUCGUCCCUCCUCUCUGAAGGAAGCGAUGGAGAGGAGAAUAAUUUAUAAGCUAACGAAGGUGAUGAGACACACAGAACUGAGUAACUGACACCUUCUUCCUCUCCCUAUGACACAUUUUUGUACAUCAUGGGCUUAGUUUUUAUUCUUAGUUUUUAUUAUAUUUUGUGUGCAUGAAGAUGAGAGGAGAGUCUGAAUAGAACUGUGAAGAGCCAGUUAGCUGCCUCCCUCCUCCCUCACCUCAUUCUGUCCACAGGACUUGCUGCUCUCCUCCUCUUUGCUGUCUCAAAUCCAGGGGUUAUCAGACGCUGGAAAUUCCAGACUUGCAAAGGUUAGAACACAUUGCUUAGGAUGGCUCCACAGGGCAUUGUUUCCUCACCACUGAGGCCCCAUGCCAAAUUUCUGGAUUCUGUUUCCAAGUGGGUUUAAUAUAAUGUUGUAGUGACUGAUGUUUGAAGGAGAUGGUAAGAAAAAGUUACUUUGGAGAUCUGACAGGGAAACAAAUUGGAAAGCAGUUUUUGAUGUUGAGGAAUCCCAUACUGAAAAACCUUCUGAAAUACAUUAAUAGCACUUAAGAUUUUAUUUAGAGACAGAAUUAAAUGGGCAGGCAUUUGCCAAUCCUGUUCCCCUUCCCAUCAUGCUGCUUUUUCCUCAUUGUUUGCUCAGUGCACAUUGGAUUAAAUCAAAGCUGCCUCUCAAGGCUGCAGCAGCUCAGUUGACAGUAUUAAGAAUAUAUUGUAGGAACAUGUGUUCUGUCUCUAGAGCCUGAGAAAGCCACCUCACUUCGAUGGACAGAGAUCACAGGUGGUUACACACCUUUAGAACAGAGACACCAGGCAAAUGUGACCUCCCCUUGGUUUUGUUUACUCCAGUAUUUCCUAAAUCUUUUCUGGAACUCAGUGGCCAAACUUUGCCAUGACAGCAGUAGGAUUUGUCUUCUCCCGUCUUGGUCGAAGAGGGCAGUGAUGGCUUGCUACCGAACUUAACAGAAGUGCUUUCAGGUUUGGAAGUACAUGGUAAUUUUUCUUUCUUUUUUUUUAAAAAAAAGAAAAGAUUGUAAGGUGUUUUUCUUUUUUUUAUGACAAAUUCUGGCUUUCCUAGGAAGGCCCUGCAAGGACGGUCUUUGAAUUAACUUAAUUGUUACGAUGUUCAUUAACCCUGGGUUGUGCACGUGAUCAGUUCCCUGCUGAUCUCUCUCCUAACCCUGCCUCUUGGCUCCUGCAAGGACAGGAGUUCUCCUCUGCCAGCUUGUGGUGAGCUGUGGAAGUGUGGGAGCAUUUUGAGGGAGGAGGUGGCAUCCUCAGCAAAUCGGUGCUCUCCCCAGCUGAUGCGGUCAGCCUCGGUUUCUUUGAGGGCUUCCUCCUCCAGUGAAGGAUUCUGUUCUAAUUAGAGGGUGACUGUAAGGUGUCUGCUCCUCCUUAGCGGGUUGUUCCUGUUUCUCACUCUGUGACACCUGCGUGGAGUUCAUUCCAGUUCACCUUGUGAUUUGGGGUAGGCUUUCAAGCUGACUGAGCAACAGCAGGCCUCUGGAGGGGAGAGCACGUCUCCCAAUGCCAGCACCAGCACUCCAAGAGCAUUAAGUGGCAUGGGAGAGGUGAGGAACGUGGUUUGGAGACGAGGGUACUUUGCCUUAGGGACUGCAGUGGCUUGAGCAUAGUGGAAGGGGUGGUCAGUCAGUCCUUUCCAAGCUAUGUGCCUAAAUACCAGCACUCUCCUAGCGAGGGAGGAACUAUAGGCAGCUACAACACUCAACAGCACCCGCAUUGUGAGAGGGUGUGAAGUGUUGCCAAGCAGGGCACGAGGGCCUGGUUGGGUUGUCUUCUGGCCCUGUAGCAGCAUCAAACUGCAUCUGAUUUCACUGCCCUCUGCGUCUGAGUGGAGCAGGGAACACAGGGCGGUUUUCUCUUUCUUCAUUCCUUGUGCUCCGAAUGAAGGAGACUGCCGAGACUGGAAGAGGAUUUACUUCAGUUUGUGCAAAGGAGGUGGUGUGAUCUCUCUUUUGUGACCAGCAUUUAAAGAUCACUCAGGCUGGUGUGAUCUAUAAAAUAAAUUUUAAAGAAGUUUGUUCCAAGUUAAA